AGUCUAUUAUACGUUUGUUUUUUACAGUCACGACCUUCUGAGGGAAAUCAUAACUUCCACGUGGCCCGUGGCAAAAAUGACUUUGAGACCCCUGAUUUAGUCUUAAAUGCAUGUUUUUGGAAUGGAGUAAGAAGAAGCCAGAGUACCAGAGAUCCGAACUGGGACCUCCAGACUGUAAGGCAGAUGCGCCAACCACUAGGAUCCUGUGCUGCCUCGCAUUGACUCAACAAAUAUACAAUUCUGACAGUUCAUCUUCACCUUUGUUUUUUGUUUUUUUCUUUCUUUGUGACACAUUAUAUCCUGAUUCUCGCGUGCGCGCGCACACACAUUGAUCCAUCACAGCCUUGUUUGCUCACACACUCCUGCUGCGAGUUCACCCCGGCCAGGCUGCUGCGACUGACGCAGAGACACACGGCUUGGCUCCUCCUCUUCCUCCUCCUGCACGGUGUGGUUUCCAUGGCAAUGCACAGAGGAGAGAGCAGCUUAGCAACAACACAGCGAGCAUCCAGACUGCUCGGUACCACAGAGCAGGAGACAUCCUCAAAGAGAAUCUUCUCCGUCACGUUUCUGCUUUUCGUCCAUGUGAUAUUAAGAGGCUUACUUUUGAAUUUUUAGUACGAUGAAGUUCAUGGUGGUUCUGGUGGGGGCCGGCACGCUGGCCUUCCUCGGCGCGGUCAUCUGCAUCUUCGCCAGCGUUUACCCCCGUAAACGCGCCGCGAAUCUGGGCGACAACAGCACCCUGACGUCAGAGACGCUCCUCCAGCCUCUGGAGCGGCCCGCCGCGGUGGCUCACGCCGGUCCGCUCGGUGCUCUGCACGGCGCCGACUCCUACAGCGGAGGGAACGGACUCGGCGGUUUAGGGCUCCCCACGCUGAACGAGCUCGACCUCGGGGAGGAGACCGGCCGAGGCUCGUCCAAGGUGUUCGGCUACAGCCGACUCAUCUGCACGCCGGUUCCGCUUGGAGACUGUAAGGGGAAAGACGCGGGGCAGCAGCCGCAGGCGGACGACCCUCUCGCAGAUGAGGAGUGGACGUUCCUCCGUACCACUGCGGAGGAGCUCCGACAGAUGGUCAUGCAGCAGAACGACCAGAUCCUCAUGGACCAGAGGACCAUUCGGGAGCUGACGGGCAAGCUGAGCGAGUGCGAGAGCGGCAUGGAGGAGGAGGACGGCGAGAGGCCCGGACCCGAGCGGAGCAUCGGUGUCUGGAGCGGCAACCGGCGGGUCAUGGCCGGGGACGACGUGAGCUCCUCAGCGGCAUCGCAGCUGCAGACGGCCCGGGCCGUGGAGGAGCUGGCCCGGGCCAUUAUGGACCUGAAGGAUCGAAUAGAGAAGCUGGAGGCAGAGAUCGGCCCAGCUGCCUUGAACCUCACUGACACAUCUACAGGAGCAAGCAGCAGCAGCAGCCCGGCGGUGUCCACCAAGCCACCCACCCCGCCCACCGGCAACGUCAACCCCGCGCCCCUGGGUCCGGUGGCGGGAGGCCCCGGGGCCCGUCGUCCCGGCUCCCCCGUCUCCAAGCCCUCGCCCAAGGGCCCCCCCGGUCGUGGGAAGGCUCCCUGGAGGGUGGAGGACCUGGAGGGCGAGCUGGAGAGGAAAAUAAAGAUGCUGGAGAAGGAGCGGCAGGCCAUGAGGAAGGAGACACAGGGCCAGUACGAGAAGCUCAACCAGGGUUUGGACACCGCCAACCACCGCGUCAGCGAACUGGAGCACAUCCUAACAGAGCCGUCCUUCCCCGACGGCUUCGUCCUGUCCUUCCCCAUGCGUACCAACUACAUGUAUGGCCUGGUCCGGAAGGAGAUAACCGAGAUGUAUGCCUUCACCGCCUGUGUGUGGCUGAAGGCUAAGGAAGGCGGGAUCGGCACGCCCUUCUCCUACUCUGUGCCCGGACAGCCUAAUGAGCUGGUGUUGCUGCAGGGUGUGCACAACCCUGUGGAGCUGCUCAUCAAUGAUAAGGUGGCACAGUUGCCGCUGUCUCUCCCUCUGGAUGAAUGGCAGCACAUCUGCGUCAGCUGGACCCUGAGGGACGGCGUGUGGAAGGCCUACCAGGGCGGCAAGAUGAAGGGGCGGGGGGAAGGACUGGCUGCCUGGCACCCCAUAAAACCUGGUGGGGUGCUCAUCCUGGGCCAGGAGCAGGACACCCUUGGCGGACGUUUCGACGCCUCCCAGGCACUGGUUGGUGAACUCUCCCAGUUCAACUUGUGGGACCGGGUAUUGAAGCCCAUUGAAGUUGCCGCCCUGGCAGAAUGCAGCUCCUCAGUACUCGGCAACAUCGCCCCCUGGACCGAUCUGGACGUGGACGUCUAUGGUGGAGCCACCAAAGAGUCCUUAGACCCAUGCCACGCUGCUGAAAGAUCCAACCCUUUCAGCCCCAAACAAUGAGGGGCGGGAUAGUGCGAGAGCUCACGUGUACUGUCUACGUAGUCGAGGGGUAAAAUUAAUGACUUUGUAAGGUACAGCGAUUACUUUGGAAGGUACAGCGUUUGUUUGGAGCUAGGGAGCUAAUGGGACAGAGCUAAUCGGACAUUUAGAGCUCGUCUGUUUUUCAUGUCGGUGUCUUCGGUGUUUAGUUCUAAAGUGAGAGUGAGGUUAGUGUCAGGAUUACCUAAGUGGGGAAAUCAAAUCACAAUCUUGUAGAUGGACUAUCAGUGCUAGUCUGGGUCAAUCAUCUCUGUGAAGUGAAAAACCAUACCCGGGUCUUAGGGUUUUGAUGCAGGUGUAGUCACUGAUGAUGAAAAACCUUUGUGUCACCUCAUGUCGUUGCUUGUGUUUAAUGCUGAAACUGAGACGUGUGUUAACAUUUUCAAUGAGAAACACAAUGACUUCAUGUUCAAUUGUAUACGGUUCUGCAUACUUGUAGAUUUUAUAAGGUAUCGCUCCUCUUAACCUUCACUACAACAGUGAUCUUAUACCGUAAGCGUGUAAUUAUUGUGUGUAAAUGUAGCCUUGCUAUUGUUGCUCGCCCCCAACGCCCCACUGUAGCUUGACACAAUCUGCAGACAGUCAUAACUAGGAAAAGCAGCGCUCUCAACCAAUCCUGAAGUAAACACUUGAUGUCAAACUGUGAGCUCCAGAAGAUUCAAUUGUACCUUGGCUAAACCACAUAGAAUGUUUUUGUAUUUGCAUGGAAUUUUGAGCAAACACUGCGUCAACAGCAGUUCAGUGCCAGUCCCUUUUGUGCCUCUCACAGUCGUCUUGUUUGGGUAAUUUGACUUCUACAAAAUAGCGUUCAAAGAAAAGUAUCAAAAGACGUAAGGUAAUUCAAUGAAAAUGAUUUUGUACUUCACACUCUACCUUCAUACCUAGAUGCACUUUUAAUCGAUUUCCCACAAGUAAUAAUGGCUUGACAUUUCUAUGAUUCAGUUGCAUGAUGCAUUUCUGUUAUAUUACUAUCCAGUAAUAAACUGUCAAAAACAGCUAAUGUAUCGAUUCCCUUCUUUUGGAGGGAUUAUAGCUGGUGUAAUUCAUUUCAGAUUUUGUUCAAUAAACAUCAAGCGGUCAUUAUUGAUUCUAACAAUACCAUUUUGUUGCUCUAAUGGACAUUUUUGACAGUUGCCUUUAGGUCAAUGGCAACUGUCAAAGGAGUGACACAAGGAACUCAACUGUUUUAUUAUGGGGGGGGGGGUUGACUUCCAACUAUACAAGAAAAAUUGAACACUGUGCAGUUCAUUGUACUUUUCCUCAAACUCUUUCUUGCCUCAGUGCAUGAGUAUGAAAGAGUAUUAAGGCCACAAUGAAAAGACAAAAAAAAGUUCUCAUUCUAUUCAAGAAAUGUCAGAAUUUUACAUGACAAAAAUGACCAAAUAAAAUCAUGUUACAAGAAAAAAAGGUGUAAUUUUAUUUGAAUGAAGUUGUAAUAUUACAGGUCAAAAAAAACUUCAAAAUAAUUAAGUCUACAUUACCAGAAGUAACUAAUUGAAUUCAAAUAUCAUGAGGAUAAAGUUGAACUAUUACUUGAAUACGUUUACGUGAAGUGUGGGAAUACUAAAGGCAUAAAUUGACAUUUUAUAAGAUUGAAGUUUUAAUAUCGCAAGACCAAAUAAAGUCAUGUUAUGAGGAAAAAAUGAUUUUACAACAAAAAAGUUGUAAUUUUACGGGAAUUAAAAUAUGAGAAUAAAGUUGUACAUGUAUGUGAAUAGUCAUAAUAAUAUAAGAACUUUUUUUUUUUUUUUUACUAAAUACAAUCAUAAUAUGCAAAAACAUCUCAACAUACUAGUAGAAAAAACAUCUAAUUUUAAAAGGCUAUAAAGUCAUAUUACCAGAAAUUAUUUUUUAUUUUAGAGAAUUAAGAAGAAGAAGAAUUAAGAUAUAAUAUUGUGAGAGCAACGUCGUAAUAUUAAAAAAGAAUUAGCAAACAAUUUUAACAGAUAAAGCUGUGAGACUACCAGUAAAAAUGUGGAAUUUUACAAAAAUUCAAGUAUCAUGAGAAUUAAGUUGUAUUGUUAUGUGAGUAAAGUCAUAAUUUUAUGAGUACAGUUGUACUCUUACAAUAAUAAUGUGGAAUUUUACAAUAAUUAAAUUGCACAGAAAUAGAAGUGGCUCUAACAAAAGAACAAAAAUUUCAAUAAUAAGGUAGCAUUAGGAGCAUAAACGUAUAAGCGCAGUUUAAUGCUUUGUCAUCAUAUUACGACAUUCACUCUGGUAUAAUUCAAAUCUAAUCCGAAUUUUGUUCUUGUAAUAUUCUGACUUCACAACUCGAUUUCCCCAUAAUCUGACAAUUGUUUUUUUUUUUUCUCUUUUCAGUGUGACCCUCACACGCCUCAUAACAUGACCCCCAUAUUUCUGUUCUUUUAAAAGUGCCUGUUUGGGCCUGAAACGCCCAAAAUGGUAGUCAAAUAUUUUCCUCUUGUGUCUUCUCUCUUGCUUUACGUCAUUGAAGUCCAUGACGGUGUUUGCCCUCCUUGGCACCUCAUGCAUUUGAUAUUGUGAACUCGGUGGAUGAAACUUAAUAAACAGAUUUUGAUGGCGUCA